UGAGAAAAUCGCAACCACCAAAGCAGACAAGUAACACCGGAGAUUCCCCCUUUAAAAAACAAAAACACCGCACUUUUCAUUGGCUCAUAUAUGUCACGUGAUUGGGUUCAGCCAAUGGUAAAUCGCAAUGAAAUGCAGCGGUAGAUGCCGGGAAGGGAAAAUGGCGGCCCCCAUCCGACCGGCAGGAACCGAUGUCGUCGGUAGUCUUUCUGAUUUUCGAGUGACAACGUUGCCUGAAACCGUGUACUACGUUCCAGAUUUCAUCAGCGAAAAUGAAGAGCGCUACCUGUUCGAGAAAGUGUACGACGCUCCGAAGCCAAAAUGGGUCCAACUCGCGCACAGGAGGUUACAAAAUUGGGGCGGCCUUCCACAUCCCAAGGGCAUGCUCUCGGAGCCGUUGCCGCCGUGGCUUGUGGAGAUCUCCUCCAGAGUUGCGAGUCUGGGUGUCUUUGGGGAUAAGAAACCAAACCAUGUUCUUGUGAAUGAGUACAAACCUGGAGAAGGUAUCCUGCCUCAUGAAGAUGGGCCUUUGUACCACCCUGUGGUGACCAACAUCACACUUAACUCCCACACCGUCCUCGACUUCUAUCGGCCCAGGAAGGUUGACAAGAGCGGCCAAGAAUCUGACGAGGACAAGGACUGCGAGAAGCACGUUCCGGUGGGUUCACUGCUGCUGCAGCCAAGGAGUCUGCUGGUGACCCGAGGCGCCAUGUACACGGACCACCUGCACGGCAUCGAGGCACGGACCAAAGACGCAAUAGACGAUGGCAUCGUCAACCUCUCUGCGAGUGGAGUGGCGCGGGGCGCCAUACUGGAGAGGGGCACCCGGGUGUCACUUACUAUUCGGGUGGUGCCCAAAGUCAUCAGGGCAAACAUCCUCCGGGGGCUCUCCAAGAAGUGAGAAUCUCCACAAGGAAGGAUGUCUCUGGAUUGACGUCCCAGUCCCCAGGUUCUCCCAGAACAGAUGUCCCUGGAGUGGUGUUUCUGAAGUGAUGUCAAUCAUGACGUCCCAAAAGUGUCAGCCAAGCUGGACCAGAACUGAUGCUCCAGAAGUGAUGUCACUGAUGUCCCAAAAGGGGUGCCCCAAGAUGUCCCAAAAAUGAUGUCCCAGCAGAGAUCUUUCAGAAGACUCGCAUGUACAUUCUACAUCUUGGAGCAUCACAAAUUUUGGACCAAAUAAAUUAUUCUCUAGCCUUUAAAAACAGUUGGCUGUGAUCUGC